AUGGUUGAACUAUCAGAUUAUCAACGACAGGAGAAAGUCGGCGAGGGCACAUACGGCGUGGUGUACAAGGCGCUAGACACCAAGCACAACAACCGGAUCGUGGCGCUCAAGAAAAUCCGGCUUGAGUCCGAGGACGAAGGCGUGCCCUCGACCGCGAUCCGCGAGAUCUCGCUCCUCAAGGAGAUGGAGAACGACAACAUCGUGAAACUAUACGACAUUAUCCAUCUGGACUCGCAUAAGCUUUAUCUCGUGUUUGAAUUCUUGGAUUUGGACUUGAAGAAAUACAUGGAGCUGAUUCCUUCGGGCAGUAACACCGGGUUGGAGCCGCAGAUGAUCAAGCGGUUCAUGUGCCAGUUGAUCCGCGGCAUCAAGCAUUGUCAUUCGCGCCGCGUGUUGCAUCGGGACCUUAAGCCGCAGAACUUGUUGAUUGACAAGGAGGGCAAUUUGAAGCUUGCAGACUUUGGGCUUGCGCGAGCUUUUGGGGUGCCGCUCCGGGCAUACACGCACGAGGUGGUGACGUUGUGGUACCGCGCUCCCGAGAUCUUGUUGGGCGGGAAACAAUAUAGCACGGGGGUCGACAUGUGGAGCGUUGGUUGUAUAUUUGCCGAGAUGUGCAAUCGUAAACCCUUGUUUCCCGGUGACCUGGAGAUUGAUGAGAUUUUCAGGAUCUUUAGAGUAUUGGGCACUCCGAAUGACUCGGUUUGGCCCGAAGUGCAGUAUUUGCCCGAUUUCAAAACGGGCUUCCCGCAGUGGAAAAAGAAGGAUUUGAAGGAGUUUGUCCCUAGUUUGGACGAGGUUGGAGUCAAUUUGUUGGAGCAGAUGUUGGUUUAUGAUCCUAGCAAGAGAAUCUCGGCUAAGCGGGCAUUGAUCCAUCCUUAUUUCACCGAGGUGGAUUUACCCAGUGGGGGAGGCAUCCAUGAGGGCAAUUUCUCGGUUAACAUGGGGUAA